GACGUUUACCUAGUGGAUACCUAGGUAUAUAUCUUUAGUCCUCGGUCGCAAAAGCUCACAGCAUGCACGACGACUGUAGUCAGGAUCCUGACUUUCAUACAAUUUGAGAUACCCAUUGUACAUACUAACGCUUAAAUGCCUAUUUUCAGUACUCUAUUUCCGACAUGGCCCUUCAUCCUCUUUGGGGUCUUGGAGCCCCUCACCAUGGUUGCCGGUGCUCUCGCCCCGAUCAUCGAUACAAAUAACUUCAUCGCCGGCCAAACCUCCCUAGCAUCGCCCCCUACGCUACCACACCACCCCAGUGUUCUUGCAUUGAACUACCAGUUGGCAAACAUAUAUGGUCUUGUCGGCAUGCUUGGCGUUGGACUCAUAUACGGUACCUCUGAGAUCCACGUGUUGCGCAAUGCUGUCGUGGCUUUGUCGAUCGCAGACUUAGGCCAUCUGUAUGCGACCUACGCUGCUAUGGGUCCGGAUACGUUCUUUGAUGUAGCGUCGUGGUCUCUGGUUAGUUGGGGUAAUAUUGGCUUCACGGCUUUUCUGUUCGUGAACCGUAUCGCGUAUCUCUUGGGGUUGUUUGGGUCCAAGACUUCCAAGUCGAAAAAGAGAAAUUGAGCGCGAAUCUGGUCGACGUUUGACGUACCCAUGUAUAUACAUGGGUAUGAGGCACUGUUUCUCGGUCUUUGGGUUCUCACGCGGAGUUCGUUUGUAAAUAUGCACUACAGGAGUCAUGUCUAUGGGAAGAUUCAUGCCUCAGGACUUGUAGCAGAUACACAACACUUCAAAUCUAACUCUGUCCAUGAGCCUGUUCAGUCUAUAGAUACUACUUAUGUAUAUAGAAAGAUCUGCACCAUGCGAAAUUUGAGUUGAUAUCUAGAUGGUG